AUGGCAACGACCUGCUCUGAGCUCGACGCCUCGUUUGACAUACUCUCUGGAACGAUGUUCAUCAAGCAAAAAGUCCGCGACCCAGAAGUCUGGCCCGACAUUCAACAUGAAAGUUUGGUGCAGUUCAACCAGAGAAACAGCACAUUCGUCAACCUGGAAGGCCUCGCAGGAAACUCCUUACUAUUCACAUACAUGAUCAAUCCGCCCAACACUAAGAUGAAAACAAGCUCCAGCUCUAUCACCAAGCAUAUCUGGGGACGCACCAGCGCAAAGCUAAGAACCUGCCACCAAUGGUACGGGUGGGAAACAGACACAAAUGGCAACGAAGGCCCACUCUACCAAUAUCUCAUGAAUUGCGACGGCGAGCAAAUCUUACAGCUGCAUUUUCCCAAUGACCGUAUUGAAGGUUGGAAGUCUGUCGCCAUGAUUCUACUCACUUACCGCAAGAUCAAUCCGGUUAUAUGGCACCAUCUCAGAACCCGAACUACUAGUUGUGAACUUGCGGGUUUUGAUUGGGCGCAAGUUGAAGAUCGAAUGGGGUCGCAGCAUGUGUAUUUGUACGCAGAUGUGGAGGCCAAAGCGAAGAGACCCCGCGUUACUAAGGCUGAUACAGUUAUGAAAAUGGCAGAGUUGUCGGAGUACAUGGGGUCAGAUAUAACUCUUAAGGCUCGAGGGUUUGCAGAUCUCGCCGGGGCUGUGGACCGGCAUACUAUUUAUCAUGCUUUGAAUUCGGGUGAUUUGGGGUUCAGGGGCCUCUGA